AGAAAAAGAUGAAGAAAUUAUUUGCUUUGCUCCUCUUCUGUCACGUCGCAUGUGGAGUGAAACACUCCUUGAAAUAUUUCCUCACUGCAACUUCUGGGGUCCCGAACUGUCCAGAGUUUGUGGCUUCAGCACUGGUUGAUGAAUUUCAGGUGGGUUACUGUGACAGCAUCAGGACAGCUGAACCCAAACAGGACUGGGUGAGCAAAUUCCUAAAAGACAACCCACAACACCUGGAGUGGCACACUAACCAGUGCUCUAGAAACCAGCAGGUCUUCAGAGCCAACAUUGACAGCUUGAUGGAACGCUUAAACCAAACUGGAGGUGCCCACAUCCUGCAGAGAAUGAACGGCUGUGAAUGGGACGAUGAAACUGGAGAAAUCAGGGGUUUUAGUAAGUAUGGAUAUGAUGGUGAAGACUUCAUAGCGCUGGACCUGCAGACGCUGACAUGGAUCGCUCUACAACCGCAGGCUUUUAUCACCAAACUAAGAUGGGACACAGAGAAAGCUCGACUACAAUUCAAUAAAAACUACUUAAACCACGAGUGCCCCGACUGGUUGAAGACAUAUGUGGACUACGGGAGGAGUUUUCUGCAGAGGACAGAUCUUCCCUCAGUGUCUCUCCUCCAGAAGACUGCCUCCUCUCCGGUCACCUGCCACGCUACAGGUUUCUGCCCCGACAGAGCCGACUUGUUCUGGACCAAAGAUGGAGAGGAGCUUCAUGAGGACGUGGACAAAGGAGAGAUCCUCCCCAACCAUGAUGGAAGCUUCCAGAUGAGUGUUGACCUGAAGGUUUCAUCCAUCGCACCUGAAGACUGGAGGAGAUACCACUGUGUGUUUCAGCUGUCUGGUGUCAAAGACGACAUCAGAACCAAACUGGACAAAG